AUGUUUUACUGCUUCAUCGUUCGUGAGGAGGACAGGGAGUACCUAAGAUUCCUCUGGUUCCGCGACAACGACCCGAAGAAGGAUGUUGUGGAGUACAGGAUGUGCUUCCACGUAUUCGGAAACAGCCCAUCGCCAGCUGUUGCAACGUAUGGACUUAAGCGAACCGCCCUUGAAGGUGAAAGGGAGUAUGGUACCGACGCCAGGCGAUUUGUAGAGAGAGAUUUCUAUGUGGAUGACGGGCUGAAGUCCCUCCCUACCGAAGAAGCGGCCAUCGAUCUACUCCAGAGAACGGAGGACAUGCUGGCUGUAGCAAACCUGAGGCUGCACAAAAUAGCCUGCAACAGCGUCGCAGUGAUGAAAGCUUUCCCAUCUGAGGAGCAUGCGAAAGAUCUGAAAGAUCUAGACUUGGGAACUGACUCCCCUCCGACACAAAGAAGCUUGGGCCUAAGUUGGAACAUUAAACAUGAUGCCUUCACCUUCCACGUUCCUCCCAACAAGAAGCCACACACCAGGCGGGGUCUUCUGUCUACAGCUAAUAGUUUGUACGACCCUCUUGGAUUCGCAACUCCUGUCACUAAGAUUGGGACGUCGAACUACCACAAAGUAGUUGAAUGGGAAGUUUGGAGGGACUCUCUAUCAGAUCUCGAAGAUAUCGAGAUACCUCGUACCUACUCUGGUAUAUCUCUCGCCACUGCGUGUCGUAAGGAGCUCUGUAUAUUUUCAGAUGCCUCAACAAAAGCCAUUGCUGCCGUGGCUUACUUAAAGCUCACGGAUGCUCGUGGUCAUAACCAUGUCGGGUUCAUCCUCGGGAAAGCCAAGCUCGCACCGAAACGUGGACAUACAAUUCCAAGACUCGAGUUGUGUGGGGCGGUGCUCGCAGUGGAAAUGGCUGACGUUAUCAUCAGCGAGCUCGACGUUUGCCUUGACGAGGUGAAGUUCUACACCGACAGCAAGGUGGUACUCGGCUACAUAUACAACGAGUCCAGGAGGUUCUACGUAUACGUAAGCAAUAUGGUCGAAAGGAUCCGGAAGUCAUGUCAGCCCAAACAGUGGAAUUAUGUUCCCACUGAACAGAACCCUGCCGACAUUGCCACACGGGCAGUAUCGGCUGAUCGCCUUGCAAAGACAACGUGGUUAACUGGCCCUAACUUUUCGUACAAGACAGACGACUCGGGCUCAGAUUUCGAAUGUCAAACGUUUCGAUUGAUAGACCCUGAGGCAGACGAGGAGGUUCGUCCUGUGGUGACCACCCUUGCUACCAGCGUGUCGUCGCAGCGUCGGCUGGGUGCUCACAGAUUCGAGCGGUUUUCAAGAUGGACGAUUCUCAUUCGAACAACAGCGAAUCUUCAGCACAUCGCUCGCUCAUUUCAUUCUCGGGGUGAUACUGCAUCGGUGUCCUGUCGACACUGGCACAUUUGCCUCGAGCCCAGGACUAAUGAAGAACUUUCCGCUGCGAAGAAACUCGUCUACAGAACCGUCCAAGGCGAAAUGUUCUCGAGUGAGAUUCGAUGCAUCCAAAAUGAGCACAGACUACCGAGGGACAGCCCACUUUGGAAGUUGAACCCCUAUAUGGACGAGGAUGGCGUCAUGAGAAUCGGAGGACCACUUCAGAACUCGACACUUGACCAAGACGAACGGCACCCUGUCAUCAUGCCCCGUUGA